UCGUCUGUUAGAAGAGACUAUCUUUUACAAAUUUCGUGUAGAGCACUAUUUGCUCCCUUUAUAGAGAAGAUGCUGCGAAGACUAUGCAUAUUUGCUGUGAUGUUCUUCAUCGUGUUCAUUUCUUCAGCCAUCGAAGAACAGGAAAUUACCACCAAGAUAAAUCUGGAUGAAUCUUCUGAAGAAGUUGACGAUGUAUACCCCGAAAUCAGCUGCCCCGCUGUAAAUCCUAAACAUCCAGUGUUCCUGCCUCACCCUACCAACUGCCGGAAGUUCUUCAUUUGCGAUUCCGGAGUACCUCAUCCGAAAACAUGUACAUCGGGUCUCCAUUUCAACCCUAAAGUCUCAGCCUGUGAUUUCCCGGCUAAUUCUGGUUGCGACUCCAAUGAUUUUGUCACUCCAAAAAAGAAAGAUAAUAAUGAAGUGGGGUUGAACGUGGACUGUCCUUCAGAAAGCAAAACUUAUCCUGUUCUUCUGCCACAUGAGACGGACUGUGAAAAAUUCUAUAUCUGCUCAAGCGGGAUACCACAUCUGUCCCGCUGUCAGCUGGGAACUCAUUUCAAUCCAAAACUUCAAGUUUGUGAUUUCCCUCACAGAGCUCAAUGUGAUAACGGGGCACAUUUGGCAUCAGACGGUUUCCCAAGCCCUUUCUGUCCAUCCGUCAAUGGAAAAUACCCCAUCUUCUACAGACAUCCCAGCAACUGCUCUGUCUACUACAUGUGCGGCAACGGUUUGGCUUACGAAUUCGUAUGCCCAUCAAGACUGCAUUUUAAUCUUAGAAAGAAAGUGUGUGACUACGAAUGGAAUGCGAAAUGCGAGUCAGGGAAGUAAGCAAGGUUACAUCAGCCAGAAAUAUGUCAACAUGUAUUACUGGACUGAAAACAUGGUUAAUUACCUGAUAAAGAUUUCAAGACUUAAUUAAUAUGCUUCACAUUUUCAUUAAUAACGUAUGAUUCCAUUUUCUUUCAUCUGUGCUUACGUGUAAUGUUUGCCAUUUCAUUGCACAAUAAAUUUUCAAGAUUAACGACAUUUAUAUUAAUUUCAUGAACUGCUUUUUUGGACUUUAUAUUUUUAUUAACGUUAGUGUUCUGGUAAAAUGUACUGUCAAAACUUGAAUAAAAUGAAAUUAGCUUCUAUGA